UGUGGUUCCGCAGAAUUGGCUACAGUCAUUUACAGUUGUCAACAACAGUCGAAGUUGCGGUUCCCGAGGUUUAAACUGUGUUCGGAAUUCUCACACUGAAUAUGUCAGCCUCAUAAACCUGUUUAGGAUUUCAACUCGCCGUCGUCCUAGGAUAACCAAUGUCAGAUGUCCGUUGCCAUGUCUAGUCUGGAGAGCCCGCGGUCCUCUGUGUUUACCUUCGAGUCCUCAGUGCACAGCGGCCAUGUGCUGCGUUGUCUGGACGACCAGCGGAGGCGUGACCUGCUGUGUGACAUCACUGUGCUGGCCGAAGGGAGGAGUUUCAGGGCCCACCGUUCUGUGCUGGCCUCCUGCAGCGACUACUUCACGCACAGGGUCUCCUCCCACGCACCACAGGGACUUGUCGUCACCCUGCCUCAGGAGGUGACGGCGAGUGGCUUUGAGCCCCUGCUGCAGUUUGCCUACACAUCCAAGCUGCUCUUCAGUAAAGAUACUGUCAUGGAGAUACGACACUGUGCCUCUAUUCUGGGUUUCAGGGAUCUGGACUCGGCCUGUUUCGACUUCCUGUUGCCCAAGUUCUUCAGCAGCAGUAGGGCCUCCUUCCAGAGGAAGACCUGCUGUAAGACACGGUGUAGGAGACAGUCGCCCAGGGCGGAGCUUAGCGACAUCGACACUAACAAGGACGUCUUAGAUGAUGACAAAGAAGUCAAGGUGGUUUCUGAUUCGCCCGUUGAACAGGAUGUGGGUGGCCAACCAGCAAAUGACGAGACGGGACGUAAAAGCAAAAAUCUCACCCAUCCUCCUGAAGCCGAUAUCCAAUCAGACGGCCAGACUGACUACUCCCUACAGUGCCCCAAGUACCGUAAGUUCCAGCAGGCUUGUGGGAAGGUGAGGCUGUUUGUGGAGGUCUGUGCCCCAGAAACAAACCCCGACUCCCUAGUGGUGAGAGAGGAGGGCUGCCCUCUGCCCCUGCCCCUUCCCCAGUCCUUGCGACCCUGCUCCACUGGUGGAGGCAUUAGGGAAGGUCCUGCAGUGGAGACUUCUGGAGGAAACUCUUCACUUCUCUCACAGACACAGACUGACCAGGCAGGACAGGGAGAGGUGGAGCAGAAGACUGACCAGGCAGGACAGGGAGAGGUGGCGCAGAAGACUGACCAGGCAGGACAGGGAGAGGUGGAGCAGAAGACUGACCAGGCAGGACAGGUAGAGGUGGAGCAGAAGACUGACCAGGCAGGACAGGUAGAGGUGGAGCAGAAGACUGACCAGGCAGGACAGGGAGAGGUGGAGCAGAAGACUGACCAGGCAGGACAGGGAGAGGUGGAGCAGAAGACUGACCAGGCAGGACAGGGAGAGGUGGAGCAGAAGACUGACCAGGCAGGACAGGGAGAGGUGGAGCAGAAGACUGACCAGGCAGGACAGGGAGAGGUGGAGCAGAAGAAAGGAGAAGAGGAUGAUGAGGAGAAGAGAGAGAUGGAUGAGAGACGUAGAGAGGCAGAUGAAGAGAACACAGUGAAGUAUGAGAGGAUAGGAGAGACAGAAGAGAGGAGGAGAGGAGAGACAGAAGAGAGGAGGAGAGGAGAGACAGAAGAGAGGAGGAGAGGGGAGACAGAAGAGAGGAGGAGAGGGGAGACAGAAGAGAGGAGGAGAGGGGAGACAGAAGAGAGGAGGAGAGGGGAGACAGAAGAGAGGAGGAAAGGAGAGACAGAAGAGAGGAGGAGAGGAGAGACAGAAGAGAGGAGGAGAGGAGAGACAGAAGAGAGGAGGAGAGGAGAGAGGGCUUCUGGAGUCGACUGUCAUAGCUCUAUCCUUGCUCUCGUGGAGGUGUCUAGUGGUCGGCUUGUCAGCUGUGAAGAGAGCCCAGGGUUGGGUACAGCACCACACCGAUGCCCCCUGGAGGCAUCUGGGCUGGACAAGCAGAGCCCUGGAGGUGUGGGGGGAGGAGGUUGUGUUCUAGGGGGUAGAGGACACCAUGAAGGAAUAGAUCCAGCGGUCUCCAGCCUGCCACAGACAGAACAGGAGCAGGGAGGGAGAGCGUGGAGAAAGGUGGGAAGAAGGAUAGAACAUGGAAGAAGUGAAAGCGGACAGGGAGAGAGGAGAGAGCGAGGAUGGGAAGAGAGGAGCAGCGUGGAAAGAGAGGUGGCUGAACACUUGGCCCAUGGCCUCUGGUCAGAGUUCUCCUCUUCUCCUCCCCUCCUCCAGGACUUCCUCCCUGGGACUGAGUCUGGGAACCUCCGGAGCAGCAGCUCCACCUUGGAUUGGCUCCACAAGCUUGACAUCAGCUCCAGUACUGGGGACUGUCCCUUCCUCCACGGCUUGGACAGGGAGACAGACGGAGGGACGGACAGAGGGACAGGGGAGGGGACAGACAGGGGGACAAAGAGCGCGACUGGGCUGGAGUGUGAGGGGUCGUCCCAGUUAGAGAAGAGUCCCUGUGUGUCCUCCCUGACAUCUGGAGACGAUGGAGACUCCGACUGCUUCGAUACGGAGGGAGACAGCGAGUCCUGUUCCUACAGCCAGAGAAUCAAAGAGGUGCAGCUCCCGUUCUCUGUGGGUCGUAUCGUGGGGUUGAGCAGGAAUGACUUCCAGCUGAUGUUGAGACACCAGCCUCUGACCAGAGAACAGCUGGACUUUAUCCACGACGUCCGGCGCAGGAGUAAGAACCGCAUCGCAGCCCGGCGCUGCCGCAAGAGGAAGCUGGACUGUAUCCACAAUCUGGAGUGUGCGAUAGACAAACUGAGGACAGAGAAGAACCAGCUGAUAUCCGAGAGGAGCCAUCUGAACCAGAUGAAGCUGAAUACUUGGCACAGUGUGACCGCUCUUUGUCAGAAGGUCUGCAGCGAGGCCGCUCUGAGACCAGAGCAACUCCAGGUCCUAGCCAAGUACACCUCCCCAGACUGCCCGCUCUCUGCUCUCAUCUCCCCCACAGACCCAACCUCCCCUGGGCUAGGAGGACUACUACAAUCCCAGGCCUCUCCCUAGGCCUGCUCGCCCUCAGGCCUAACCUCAGAUACCUGUCAGAACUUUGCGGAACCUUUGGAACCUUUAGAACCCUCGGCCAGCUGCUCCAGGGACACACCCACAGGGGAGGAUCUCUCAGGUGAUUGAACAAGCCAUCAGGUAUAUAGAUGUGAUCAGGUGACUGAUGCCCUGCUCAUGGAUGAGUGUGUCUGGACACCUUCAUCAUCAUCAUUUCAUAGACUUUCUUCUACAGGCAAAGACACUGUGGUUGUGUUACAAUAAUCUCUCCUUCCUCAGAGGUGCACUCAGUUACUCACUAAAGCAUCAGAUUGGUCUAGGCACUGAGCAGGGAUGAAGGAAGCAGGAAAGUAUUUUCCCGCGAUUGACACGGUUACAUACAAGCCGACAGUAUUUCAACCACAUGAAAAUAUGCAUGCAAGAUGAACUGAAAUCCAUCACCAGAGAUACACUGUGUGUGUGUGUGUGUGUGUGUGUGUGUGUGUGUGUGUGUGUGUGUGUGUGUGUGUGUGUGUGUACAGUACAGUACAGUACAGUACCAGUUUGGACACAUCUACUCAUUCAAGGGUUUUUCUUUAUUUUUACUAUUUUCUACAUUGUAGAAUAAUAGUGAAGACAUCGACACUAUGAAAUAACACAUGGAAUCAUGUAGUAACCAAAAAAGUGUUAAACAAAUAAAAAUUUAUUUUAGAUUUUAGAUUCUUCAAAGUAGCCACCCUUUGCCUUGAUGAUAGCUUUGAACACUCUUGGUAUUCUCUCAACC